AUGCCCCCAGAUGAGCUGGCAAGCCUGCGCACAUCUCUUACGAGCCUUGUCGAGAACAUCGACCGUGCCGCCGAAGUAUCGGCCCGCACAACCACUCUUGUCCACAACAUUCGAUCCGCAUACUAUGUACUCUGCGACCGUGUGACAACCGCUGUUCACACACAACUGGGAGAUGCGGCGAGGUUAGCGCAGCAGAGGGAAGAGGUACUGCGGUUGAUGGCAGAGGCGGAGCCGGUGCGUAUCAACCAUGUCGCGCUCUUUUCCCCUGCCGAAUUCACGCACCUACGAUCCGGAGUCUCCAACAUGGUUGAGACCCUUGACGAGGCAAUUCACCGCUCAUCAGAUCCUCCGAGUGGACCACCUCUUGUGGUCGCACAACGUGUUCGGACCGGACGUCGGGGUCGACCUCGAGUCGAGAUUGACCCUAUGUUCCUUGAGACUGGACUCCAGAUGCGAGGCCCUGUUGGAUUAGCCCCAAUCUUCAGUUGCUCAAGUCGUACUGUCCGCCGUCGCGCACUUGAACACAAUCUUGUUGCCCCUGGGGAGCCUGUCAUGCAGGAGGUGACCGAUGUGGCCGGGAAUGUCUUGCGUACUUACACCUCUACAACCCCUCCGGUAUCUGCACUCACUGAUGACGAGCUUGAUGCUGUUGUUGGCUCAAUUCUUGCUGUGUUCCCCAACUUCGGCCGCCGGAUGCUUGCUGGAUGUCUGCGGUCUCAAGGCCAUCGUGUUCCACGUACUCGCCUGACCACCUCAUAUCUAGUGACCCACUGCUUCAUCGACGGUUGGUCCCGAUACAUUGUGGCCAUUUGCGUCCACAAUAACAACCGCGCGGAUACUGUGUUGCUGCUGUUCCACCGGGGGCGGACAAGCUGCGGAGAUCCUAGUCGGAGGCACCGCGUUGCAAGUGCUCGUACAUUUCAUGACUCACAUUGCUUAUUAUGUCUCAGGAGUGUUCACAACACACGUGUAGAGCGUCUUUGGUACGACUUCACUCGCGGGGUUGGUCAGAAGUGGAAGAACUUCUUCCUUGAGCUUGAGCACAACGCCGGUCUUCAGCCAUCCCGAUCU